AUGGGAAGAUCCUCCUGUCCAAAGCUCGUUUUCUUGAAGAAGACCAGAAAGUUCAAGAAACUCAAGCUUCUUAAGUACUACAACUACGCCUACAUUGAAGAAUAUCAGUUUUCUCCUUCAAACACUCCUCUGGUUCACUAUUACAAAAAACCAUUCAAGAAGAGAGGUCGUAGUCGAGUUAUUCAGUCAUUGUUCAUUCUCUGCAGUUGUUUGGGUGGUAUGAGAGUCGACGAAGAAUAUGAAGAAACAAAUUUUGCAUUGGAGGCUCCACCAGUUAUUGUUGAUGGCACUGCAAAAGAAUUGCCUGAACCAUUGGAUUCGGAUGACGAAGAUGAUUUUGUUGAUUAG